AUGGCCUCCGAGCGUCAAUCAGCACCCCUCCGCCUGGGCUCCAUUGCCCCCAACUUCCAGGCCGAGACCACCAAGGGCCCCAUCGACUUCCAUGAGUUCAUCGGCGACAACUGGGUCAUCCUGUUCUCCCACCCCGAGGACUACACCCCCGUGUGCACCACCGAGCUCGGCGAGAUGGCCCGUCUCGAGCCCGAGUUUGCGAAGCGCGGCGUCAAGCUGAUCGGUCUCUCGGCCAACACCCUAGGCAGCCACGAGGGCUGGAUCAAGGAUAUUGAUGAGGUGACGGGCUCGCUCGUCGGGUUCCCCAUUCUCGCCGACAAGGAGCGCAAGAUUGCCUACCUCUACGACAUGAUCGACUACCAAGACACCACCAACGUGGACGAGAAGGGCAUUGCCUUCACGAUCCGCUCCGUCUUCGUCAUCGACCCCAAGAAGACCAUCCGCACCAUCCUGUCGUACCCGGCCUCGACCGGCCGCAACAGCGCCGAGAUCCUCCGCAUUGUCGACUCGCUCCAGACUGGCGACAAGCACAAGGUCACCACCCCGAUCAACUGGGUGCCUGGUGACGAUGUCAUCGUCCACCCUACCAUCAAGGGCGAGCAGGCCACCACUCUCUUCCCUAACAUGCGCGUGGUUAAGCCGUACCUGCGCUUCACCCCGCUGCCCAAGGAUGCUUAA